GAACAAUAAAUAAGAUAAAGCUUUAAUCUAUUUUUUUUUUCUUUGUUUAGGUACUGUAAUAGGAAAUCAGUUGGUUAACUGCAAUAUUAAAGACUCAUCUAUUAAUAUUGUUCAUAAUACAAUUCAGUUACCUGUUACACAAGACAAUGCAUCAAGAGAAACAUGUGAAGAUGAUCUUAUCAAACAUUUUUUACUAAGUACUCAACAGCAAUUAUGCCGUAAUGCCACCCGGUUCACACCAGGAACUUUAAAUACUAGAUAUCAAGUAGACAUUGCUCACAUGUUCACUGAUCUGGACCUACUCAAGGAAAAUGAAAAGAAGCAAGAUGUCAAGCCAAUAACUUUGAAGGAGGUUUUAAAUAUUAUCAAAUCCUCGCCUACAUGUAAAGUUCUAAUUGAAGGUGAGGGCGGUAUUGGUAAAUCAACUCUUCUCAGGUACAUAGCUCACAAGUGGGCCACAGAUGAAUCAGAUGAAACCUUCAAAGGUAAAAUAUUGUUUCUUGUCAACAUAUCCUCUAUUGACAAAGGUGAAACUAUUUUGGAUGGUAUUUUAAAACAAAUAGAUUUAGAGGAUUUUCAUCUUGAAACAAACCUUUGUCAAGAUCCUGUAUUAAUUAAACGAUUUAUUAGGAACCAAGAUAAUGACAUUGUAUUGUUGUUGGAUGGGUUAGAUGAAUUGAAAGAGGGUAGUACGAGUCCAAUAAGCUUAUUCAAAAGACAGAAAUUGCCAAAAUGUAAAGUAUUACUUACAUCAAGAUCUGACAAAAAAAUAUAUGAGUUUGUUAAAGAGAGCAGCAUACAUGUGAAAGUGAAAGGAUUCAGUGAAGAGAAUAUAACAAAUUACAUUACAAAACAUUUUGAGUAUUUUGAAAAACCUGCAUUUGGAGACUCACUUGUGGAAGAGUUGAAACUUUAUUCAGGGUUUAAGUGUAAACAUGAGGAAAUCAAAUCAAUGUGUAGGAAUCCAAUGUUGCUUCUGUCUGUAUGUGUUAUGUGGGAAGAAAAGCAACACCUUUCAACUGAUAAAGCUGAUCUCUUUAAACAGGUUUUUAAAACUAUCUUGAAUCAGUUCAUUGACAAACAAACAAAUAAAGAGCAAAAAAUCUCAAUAUUCAGAAAUAUUCCACAGAAGUAUGUUGAACUGAUGCUUCUGUUAGGGAAGUGUAUGUAUAAUGGCCUAAAGAGAAACCAACUUUCAAUAAACAAGACCGAUUUGGAAGGAAGAGAAGAAAUGGUUGCCUUAACUUUAAAACUGGGGUUUGUGUACAAAGAUGCACAAAAUCUAAAAUCUAAUUUUGAAGAGAUUUUUACAGCUCCUCACAAGUUAAUAGUAGAGUCAUUGGUAGGAUUUUACUUAUGUAAAUUAUGUCAGGCAACAGGAUUGGAGAGUGAAUGUAGAGCAAAGGAUAUGAAAGGGUUACUUCAGCCAUUGGAUGAUAAUGAAUGGAAGAUUAUAAGAGAAAGUGAAAACUUAAGCAUUGCAAGAGAGUUUGCAAUUGGAUUUCUUGGUACUGAUGCAGGCAUAUUUUUAAGUCAUUGGAUAACCAAUAGUAUCUUGACAUAUCGCUCUUUAAUGGCAUAUUUUGAAUUUGUAAAAAUAGAGCACAGGAGUACUGUAAAAGAGACAUUAAUCAAUCAUAUGACUAAGAAAAAUCUAGAAAUAAUGCCACAUAUACAUGACAUAUGUAAAUCACUAAGAAAAUGUAACCAUUACAUCAUUCCUGAUAUAGACAUUCAAAACCAGCAUUUCAUCGAGAUUAUGCAACAAUUUCAUAAUAUGAAAUUAGGAUCUUGCAGUGAAAUUGAUGUGAAUACUCACAUUAUUUUGUUUUGUAAAGAAAUGGCAUUGGAAGAAAAAUUCAGUGUGAUUGUCCACAUAUUAAUUGCUGUGCCAAAUCAAAAACAGAUUUUGGAAAAAAUAAGUGAGAUAUGUGUUAAUGAUGAUUUUAAAUACUUAACAGAUGAAUGUCAGAAAUUGGGUUUCAAAUAUGAUAUAUCAGAUUUAGAGUUGUCUAACACAAGUACUGCUUCAUGUAUAGUUCACCUGCUUAAUAGCGCACCCCAACUUGAAUAUUUGUCGUGCUCUUUCAAUAGUAUUACAGGUGGUAUCAUGAAUGAUGCAAUAAGAGAGUGUUGUAGUAGAGGAGUUAAGUUAGAAUUAAAGCAGCUUCAUAUCAGUGAUAAUAAUCUCAGCAACAUUGAUGGUUCAUCAUUAGCAUCUUUAUUGGUUAUUGCUCCUACACUGAGUAGUCUCACAUUGGUCGAUUGCAGUCUAUCAGGUGCUAUUAUCAAUGAUAUGAUCAGGGAGUGUUGUAGCAAAGGAGUCAAGCUCGAAUUAAAGGAUAUUGAUAUCAGUGAUAAUAAUCUUAGCAACAUUGAUGGUUCAUUAUUUGCAUCUUUAUUUGUUAUUGCUCCUACACUGAGUAAUCUUGAAAUGAGCAAUUGCAGCUUAUCAGGUGCCAUUGUGAAUGAUAUGAUGAGAGAAUGUUGUAGUAAAAAAGUCAAGUUAGAAUUAAAGCAGCUUGAUAUCAGUGAUAAUAAUCUCAGCAACAUUAAUGGUUCUUUAUUUGUAUCAUUAUUGGGAAUUACUUCUAAUCUUAAAUCUCUAUCAAUGAGUAAUGGCAGUUCAUCUUGUGAAGUCUGUAAUCCACAUUACUUGUAUAUCAGUGGUAAUACUCUCAUCAAUAUUGAUGGUCCCUUAUUGGCAGCUUUACUAAUUACUUUUAAACUAAAUAGUCUCACAUUGAAUAAUUGCAGGCUAUUAGGUGCUAUUAUGAAUGAUAUGAUGAGAGAAUGUUGUAGUAAAGGAGUCAAGUUAGAAUUAAUGCAGCUUCAUAUCAGUGAUAAUGAUCUCAGCAAUAUUGAUGGUUUAUCAUUAGCAUCUUUAUUGGUUAUUGCUCCUUCACUGAGUAAUCUGGAAAUAAGUAAUUGCAGUUUAUCAGGUACCAUUGUGAAUGAUAUGGUGAGAGAGUGUUGUAGUAAAGAAGUCAAGUUAGAAUUAAAGCAGCUUGAUAUCAGUGAUAAUAAUCUCAGCAAUAUUGAUGGUUCAUCAUUAGCAUCUUUAUUGGUUAUUGCUUCUACGCUGAGAAAUCUCAAAAUGAUAAAUUGCUGUUUUUCAGGCUCUAUAAUGAAUGAUAUGAUAAGAGAAUGUUGUAGUAAAGGAGUCAAUUUAGAAUUAAAGCAGCUUGAUAUCAGUAGUAAUAAUCUCAGUAACAUUGAUGGUUCUUUAUUUGUAUCAUUAUUGGGAAUUGCUUCUAAACUUGAAUGUCUAAUAAUGAAGAAUGGUAGUUCAAGUUGUUACGUCUAUGAUCUAGAUUCCGUUCAUAUCAGUGGUAAUAAUCUCAUCAAUAUUGAUGGCUCCACAUUAGCAGCUUUAUUAAGUACUUUAAAACUGAAUUACCUUACAUUGAAUGAUUGCAAUCUAUCAGGAGCUAUUAUUAAUUAUAUGAUCAAAAUAUGCUGUGAAAGAGGAGUCAAGGUAGAAAUAAAGGAGAUUGAUAUCAGUGAUAAUAAUCUCAGAAACAUUGAUGGUUCAUUGUUUGCAUCUUUAUUCGUUAUUGCCCCUAUACUGAGUAAUCUCAAAAUGAUAAAUUGCAGUCUAUCAGGCACUAUUAUGAAUGAUAUAAUGAGAGAGUGUUGUGGAAGAGGAGUCAAGUUAGAAUUAAAGGAGUUUGUUAUCAGUGGUAAUAAUCUCAGCAAUAUUGAUGGUUCAUUAUUUGCAUCUUUAUUAGUUAAUGUUCCUAAAUUGAGUAAUCUCAAAAUGAGAAAUUGCAGUCUAUCAGGGACUAUUAUGAAUGAUAUAAUGAGAGAGUGUUGUGGAAGAGGAGUCAAGUUAGAAUUAAAGGAGUUUGUUAUCAGUGGUAAUAAUCUCAGCAACAUCGAUGGUUCAUUAUUUGCAUCUUUAUUAGUUAAUGCCCCUACACUGUUUAAUCUCAAAAUGAAAAAUUGCAGUCUAUCAGGCACCAUUAUGAAUGAUAUGAUGAGAGAGUGUUGUGAAAGAGGAGUCAAGUUAGAAUUAAUGGAACUUGACAUCAGUGAUAAUAAUCUCAGCAACAUUGAUGGCUCUUUAUUUGUAUCAUUAUUGGGAAUUACUUCUAAUCUUAAAUCUCUAUCAAUGAGUAAUGACAGUUCAUCGUGUAAAGUCACUAGAGGGCCACUAUAUGAUAAUUUUCUUGGGUAUAACCAUGAGCUUCAUUUCAAUAGUAAUAAUCUACAUAAACUUGAAAUCAGUGGUAAUAAUCUACUUGACGUUGAUAUCAGUGGUAAAACUCUAAUCAAUAUUAAUGGCUUCUUAUUGGCAACUUUAUUAAUUACUUCUGAAUUGAAAAGCCUUACAUUGAAUAAUUGCAGUUUGUCAGGUGCUAUUAUGAAUGAUAUGAUGAGAGAGUGUAGUAGUAAAGGAUUCAAGUUAGAAUUAUUGCAGCUUAAUAUAAUUGAUAAUGAUCUCAGCAACAUUGAUGGCUCUUUAUUUGUAUCAUUAUUGGGAAUUGCUUCUAAACUUCAAUCUCUAUCAAUGAGUAAUGAUAGUUCUUCAUGUAAAGUCUAUAAUCUACAUGAUCUUUGUAACAGUGAUAAUGAUCUAUAUGAUCUUUACAUUAGAGGCAAUACUCUCAUCAAUAUUGAUGGCUCCAUAUUGGUAGCUUUAUUAAGUACCAUUAAACUGAAUAAGCUUAUAUUGCAUAAUUGCAGUCGAUCAGGUGCUAUUAUGAAUGUUAUGGUGAAAGAUUGUUGUAGUAAAGGAGUCAAGUUAGAAUUAAGAAAGCUUGAUAUCAAUGAUAAUACGCUCCGCACCAUUAAUUGUUCUUCAUUUGUAUCAUUAUUGGAAAUGACUUCUAAACUUGAAUAUCUAUCAAUCAGUAAUGGCAUUUCAUCGUGUGAAGUCCAUAAUCUACAUGACAUUAAUAUCAGUGGUACUCUCAUCAGAAUUAAUGGCUCCUUAUUGGCAGCUUUAUUAAUUACGUUUAAACUGAAUAGCCUUACAUUGAAUAAUUGCUGUUUAUCAGGUGCUAUUAUGAAUGAUAUGAUGAGAGAGUGUAGUAGUAAAGGAGUCAAGUUGAAUUUAAAGAUGCUUGACAUCAGUGAUAAUGAUCUCAGCAACAGUGAUGGUUCAUUAUUUGCAUCUUUAUUGGUUAUUGCUCCUACACUGAGUAAUCUCAAAAUAACUAAUUGCAGUUUAUCAGGUGCCAUUGUGAAUGAUAUGGUGAGAGAGUGUCGUAGUAAAGGAGUCAAGUUAGAAUUAAAGCAGCUUGAUAUCAGUAGAAAAAAUCUUCGCAAUAUUGAUGGUUCAUCAUUAGCAUCUUUAUUGGUUAUUGCUCCUACACUAUGUAAUCUCAAAAUGAUGAAUUACAUUGAUGGUUCAUUAUUUGCAUCUUUAUUGGUUAUUGCUCCUACACUGAGUAAUCUGGAAAUAAGUAAUUGCAGUUUAUCAGGUGCUAUUGUGAAUGAUAUGAUGAGAGAGUGUUGUGGAAGAGGAGUCAAGUUAGAAUUAAUGGAACUUGAUAUCAUUGGUAAUAAUCUCAGCAACAUUGAUGGCUCUUUAUUUUUAUCAUUAUUGGGAAUUACUUCUAAUCUUAAAUCUCUAUCAAUGAGUAAUGGCAGUUCAUCAUGUAAAGUCACUGGAGGGCCACUAUAUGAUAAUUUUCAUGGGUAUAACCAUGAGCUUCGUUUCAAUAGUAAUAAUCUACAUAAACUUGAAAUCAGUGGUAAUACUCUAAUCAAUAUUAAUGGCUUCUCAUUGGCAGCUUUAUUAAUUACUUCUAAAUUGACAAGCCUUACAUUGAAUAAUUGCAGUUUGUCAGGUGCUAUUAUGAAUGAUAUGAUGAGAGAGUGUAGUAGUAAAGGAGUCAAGUUAGAAUUAAUACAGCUUGAUAUCAGUGAUAAUGAUCUCAGCAAUAUUGAUGGUUCUUUAUUUGUAUCAUUAUUGGAAAUUACUUCUAAUCUUAAAUCUCUAUCAAUGAGUAAUGACAGUUCAUCAUGUAAAGUCACUGGAGGGCCACUAUAUGAUAAUUUUCUUGGGUAUAACCAUGAGCUUCAUUUCAAUAGUAGUAAUCUACAUAAACUUGAAAUCAGCGGUAAUACUCUAAUCAAUAUUAAUGGCUUGACAUUGGCAGCUUUAUUAAUUACUUCUAAAUUGAAAAGCCUUACAUUGAGUAAUUGCAGUUUGUCAGGUGCUAUUAUGAAUGAUAUGAUGAGAGAGUGUAGUAGUAAAGGAGUCAAGUUAGAAUUAAUACAGCUUGAUAUCAGUGAUAAUGAUCUCAGCAAUAUUGAUGGUUCUUUAUUUGUAUCAUUAUUGGAAAUUACUUCUAAUCUUAAAUCUCUAUCAAUGAGUAAUGACAGUUCAUCAUGUAAUGUCAGUAGAGAGCCACGACAUAAUAAUUUCCUCCGUCAGUAUAAGCAUGAGCUUUGUUUCAAUAGUAAUAAUCUACAUGACCUUGAAAUCAGUGGUAAAAAUCUAAUCAAUAUUAAUGGCUUCUCAUUGGCAGCUUUAUUAAUUACUUCUAAAUUGAAAAGCCCUAAAUUUAACAAUUGCAGUUUGUCAGGUGCUAUUAUGAAUAAUAUGAUGAGAGAGUGUUGUAGUAAAGGAGUCAAGCUAGAUUUAAAGAAGCUUGAUAUCAGUGAUAAUGAUCUCAGCAAUAUUGAUGGUUCAUCAUUAGCAUCUUUAUUGGUUAUUGCUCCUACACUGAGUAAUCUCGAAGUGAAGAAUUGCAGUUUAUCAGGUGUCAUUGUGAAUGAUAUGAUGCGAGAGUGUUGUCAUAAAGGAGUCAAGUUAGAAUUAAAGGAGAUUGAUAUCAGUGAUAAUGAUCUCAGCAAUAUUGAUGGUUCCUCAUUAGCAUCUUUAUUGGUUAUUGCUCCUACACUGAGUAAUCUCAAAGUGAAGAAUUGCAGUUUAUCAGGUGUCAUUGUAAAUGAUAUGAUGCGAGAGUGUUGUCGUAAAGGAGUCAAGUUAGAAUUAAAGGAGAUUGAUAUCAGUGAUAAUAAUAUCAGCAAUAUUGAUGGAUCUUUAUUUGUAUCAUUAUUGGGAAUUGCCUCUAAUCUUAAUUUUCUAUCAAUGAGUAAUGGGAGUUUAUCAUGUAAAGUCACUUUAGGGUCACUAUAUGAUAAUUUUUUUGGGUAUAACCAUGACCUUAAAAUCAGUGGUAAUACUCUAAUCAACAUUAAUGGCUUCUCAUUGGCAGCUUUAUUAAUUACUUCUAAAUUGACAAGCCUUACAUUGCAUAAUUGCAGUUUGUCAGGUGCUAUUAUGAAUGAUAUGAUGAGAGAGUGUUGUAGUAAAGGAGUCAAUUUGUCAGGUGCUAUUAUGAAUGAUAUGAUGAGAGAGUGUAGUAGUAAAGGAGUCAAGUUAGAUUUAAAUAAGCUUGAUAUCAGUGAUAAUGAUCUCAGCAAUAUUGAUGGUUCAUCAUUAGCAUCUUUAUUGGUUAUUGCUCCUACACUGAGUAAUCUCAAAGUGAGUAAUUGCAGUUUAUCAGGUGUCAUUGUGAAUGAUAUGAUGAGAGAGUGUUGUCGUAAAGGAGUCAAGUUAAAAUUAAAGGAGAUUGAUUUCAGUGAUAAUAAUAUCAGCAAUAUUGAUGGCUCUUUAUUUGUAUCAUUAUUGGGAAUUACUUCUAAACUUCAAUCUCUAUCAAUGAGUAAUGGCAGUUUAUCAUGUAAAGUCACUGGAGGGCCACUCUAUGAUCAUUUUCUUGGGUAUAAACAUGAGCUUCGUUUAAAUAGUAAUAAUCUACAUAAACUUGAAAUCAGUGGUAAUACUCUAAUCAAUAUUAAUGGCUUGACAUUGGCAGCUUUAUUAAUUACUUCUAAAUUGAAAAGCCUUACAUUGAAUAAUUGCAGUUUGUCAGGUGCUAUUAUGAAUAAUAUGAUGAGAGAGUGUUGUAGUAAAAGAGUCAAGUUAGAUUUAAAGAAGCUUGAUAUCAGUGAUAAUGAUCUUAGCAAUAUUGAUGGUUCAUCAUUAGCAUCUUUAUUGGUUAUUGCUCCUACACUGAGUAAUCUCAAAGUGAGUAAUUGCAGUUUAUCAGGUGUCAUUGUGAAUGAUAUGAUGCAAGAGUGUUGUCGUAAAGGAGUCAAGUUAGAAUUAAAGGAGAUUGAUAUCAGUGAUAAUAAUAUCAGCAAUAUUGAUGGUUCUUUAUUUGUAUCAUUAUUGGGAAUUGCUUCUAAUCUUAAUUCUCUAUCAAUGAGUAAUGGCAGUUUAUCAUGUAAAGUCACUUCAGGGUCACUAUAUAAUCAUUUUUUUGGGUAUAACCAUGAGCUUAAAAUCAGUGGUAAUAUUCUAAUCAACAUUAAUGGCUCCUCAUUGGCAGCUUUAUUAAUUACUUCUAAAUUGACAAGCCUUACAUUGAAUAAUUGCAGUUUGUCAGGUGCUAUUAUGAAUGAUAUGAUGAGAGAGUGUAGUAGUAAAGGAGUCAAUUUGUCAGGUGCUAUUAUGAAUAAUAUGAUGAGAGAGUGUUGUAGUAAAGGAGUCAAGUUAGAUUUAAAGAAGCUUGAUAUCAGUGAUAAUGAUCUCAGCAAUAUUGAUGGUUCAUCAUUAGCAUCUUUAUUGGUUAUUGCUCCUACACUGAGUAAUCUCAAAGUGAGUAAUUGCAGUUUAUCAGGUGUCAUUGUGAAUGAUAUGAUGCGAGAAUGUUGUCGUAAAGGAGUCAAGUUAAAAUUAAAGGAGAUUGAUAUCAGUGAUAAUGAUCUCAGCAAUAUUGAUGGUUCAUCAUUAGCAUCAUUAUUGGUUAUUGCUCCUACACUGAGGAAUCUUAAUAUUAAUAAUUGCUGUCUACCAGAUGAACUCCGAACAUGUGUAAAAUAUCUCAAUGAUUUUAGAUCCGCAUGUAUCCUCUCGUUUACCGAAACCUGGCUUAGUGGAAAGAUAUGUGACGCGCAUAUAGAGAUUGACAGAUUUAAGCUGUUUAGAGGUGACAGAACUGAUGAUGUUGGAAAAGAUAGAGGUGGUGGACUGAUCGUUUAUGUCAAUAAUUUUUACUGUCAACCAAAUAAUGCUGUAUUAAAGAAAUUUACCCCAAAACGUCAAAAUUCUGGUUGUGUCACUGAGACUGUAUUAUACUCCAAGGGAAUUUUCCCAUAUCAUUAUCUUGACUGUGUAAAUACCGCACAAAAAACUAAAAAAGCGGCUCUUGAACUUGGUGAAAUUCUAAGUGCGGUAGAAGUCUUCUGUCCGGAUGCAUGCAUUAUAGUAAAUGGAGAUUUCAACCAUGGUACCUUAAAAGCAGUGUUCACUAAAUAUAAGCCCCUGGUUAAGCGACUGAAGCCUAGGAAGAUAGUUGUGAAGUGUUGGACGCCAGAAAAUAUUGAACGGUUUGGAAAGGAAUGCGACAGAUAA